AUGCCAUCAUUAGGAUCUGGAAGAAUUUUAUCAAAAUCAUAUCAUCGCUUUACAUCAGAUACACUUUUUCGUUUAAUAAUUCAAACAAAUCAAUAUGAUGAUAUUCGUUCAUCAUCUUUGCAAGAUAAUGACUUAACAUCAUCAUCAUCAUCUUAUACAAAUGGACAUUUAUCCGAAUAUGAUCUUCGUCAUCUUUGGACACUUUUAUCACAAAUGAUUCGUAAACGUUUACUUAAACAUGAACCAUGUUUAUUACCUGAAUUAGGUGCUUUUGUUUUAAUUAAUCAUCCAUCAACGGAUAAUACAAUUAAUCCAAUAAAAGAACCAUUUUUUGUAUUAGAUACAUCAUUUGCUCGUCGUCAUCGUUUAUCACGUAUAAAAAAACCAAAUUUAUCAUCGGCACUUUCACUUUCACUUCAAGCAAAUGGUAAUUCGACACAUAUUGAACCAAAUACAACAUUAUCAUCAUUUAAUAUGCAAACAAUAGAUUAUUUAUCAUUACAAAAUGAAUCAGGUUUAACACGUGAACAAUUAAUGACAGCUAUAUCACAAAUAUUUGCUAUUAUUGAUAGAGAAAUAAAUCCAUAUGGUUAUUGUUAUUUAGAAUUUCCUCAAUUAGGACAUUUUAAAAUUCAAUUUGGUUUAAGUACAUUCGAGUUUAAUGAAACAUUUAUUGAAGAAUUUAAAACAACAAAUGAAAACUAA